AAUAACAAGGUUAUUUGACAACAGCCAGUCUAACUUCGUUGCAGCGUUGAGCAUUGAAGCUCAGCUCAUCACCAUUAAUGCUGGACAUUUACACAGUCAGUUGAAGGCUUUUUACAAUCACAGGUGCGGAUUGCAAGAGUGUCACUUUAAAAAUUCUUCUUAGCUGUUUGAAUUGACUUUCUCCGCUUAUUCCGCACUAUGCGUAUAAACCAAGACACAUUAUUAGAGGGAGAGAAAGUCGUUCUGGUGCCAUACAACGCAGAUCAUGUUCCAAGGUAUCACCAGUGGAUGGCUUCUCCUGAACUUCAGAAGUUGACGGCCUCGGAGCCGCUGAGUUUGGAGCAGGAGUACGACAUGCAGAAGAGCUGGAGAGAAGACGACGACAAGUGCACCUUUAUCGUUCUGGACAAACAGCGGUGGGAAGACCCGUCUGUGUCGGAGGAGGACUGCAUGGUCGGAGAUGUUAACAUCUUUCUUACUGACCCCGCAGACCCCACCCUGGCUGAGCUGGAGGUUAUGAUAGCAGAGCCCAGUUCCAGAGGGAAAGGACUAGGGAAGGAAGUGACACACAUGAUGAUGUGUUAUGGGAUUCAGAACCUCGGAAUCAGGAACUACGAAGUCAAGAUUGGGCUGGACAAUGAAGUCAGCAUCGCCAUGUUCAAGAAAUUCGGCUUUCAUGAGCUGUCAGUCAGUGAAGUUUUUCAGGAGACCACACUGGGGUUGAUUGUGGAUGAGAAAGUCCAGAGGGAGUUCCUGGAAAACCUGCCCUUCAUGCAGGAGAGAGAAUACGGAAAAGCCAAGGACAGCAGGCAGGCGGCAGAACUUUGAACCUUUUCUCGAUGCUUUCCGGUUGAAGGCAGCUGAUUGGUUGAACCUUCUGUGGGUGUUACCGUCAGUGCUGCAGCCAUCCUCCUUAUGACACAUCAUGUUGGGCAGAUCCCAGGACCACUCUGAAUAUAUUCAAGAUUUAUCUCUCUCUAACCUUCAGCCUAUGGUGGGCAGUGUCUGACCAUGCCUGACACCACACAUUUGACCACACCCAUCAGAUGUACCUGAUAAUCCAAACUUUGUUUUCAUUCCGCUCCUUUAAGAGGUGUUUGGUAGAGGUAUAGCAGCAGACACUAAGCUACCUCUAAAGUGCCUUACAUGAGUCAAGACAGAAAGCCAAUGCAGUUUUAUUGUCUAGUUUGAUGAUUAAUACAACUUACUAACCAAACUGGUAAAAACUGUUAACAGCAGAACCUUUUGGCAAGUGAUUGAUGCAUCAUGGAACUAUACACCUGGGGGGUAUUCCAGA